CAUGCUGGGGAACAUCUCCUGCUGGGUGCAGCGAAGAGGUCCAUGCUCUACAAAGACAUCCUCUUAUUAGGAAAUGACCACAUUAUUCCCAGAAACUGUCCAGAGCUGGAGGUGGGCAGGGUGGCGGUGAGGAUCCUGGAUGAGCUGGUGCUUCCAUUUCAGGAGCUCCAGAUAGACGACAAUGAAUACGCCUGCUUGAAGGCCAUCGUUUUCUUUGAUCCAGACGCGAAAGGCCUGAGUGACCCGGGAAAGAUUAAGCGAAUGCGAUACCAGGUCCAGGUCAGUCUGGAGGACUACAUCAAUGACAGGCAGUACGACUCCAGGGGCCGAUUCGGAGAGCUCCUUCUGCUGCUGCCGACGCUACAGAGCAUCACCUGGCAGAUGAUCGAGCAGAUCCAGUUUGUUAAACUCUUUGGCAUGGCAAAGAUCGACAAUUUACUGCAGGAAAUGCUUCUUGGAGCCACUCCUGAAACCCCGAUCCCGUCUCCACCCACCGCCUCCGGAUCAGAACAUUAUAAAAUCCCUCAGGGCGUCAUCGCCACGGUGCCAAAACAGCCGACCUCCAUCCCCCAACCAACCAUCACCAAGCAAGAGGCCAUAUAACAAAAGCUUAAAUCCUUUUUCUUUUAUGCUUUUUUUAUAUUGUGAAAACUUUAUACUUAGUCAGCAAUGUUGUUGGCAACUUCAGAGUAGCUAAAUAUAUAUAUAUAUAUAUAUAAAAUGUAAUUACAAGCUCCUUACAAUAGCCUUCAGGGACAUAUUUGUACAUAAAAUGCAGCCGUGGCUGCAGGAUGAGUCCGAAAAAAAUCGACCUGCUUUGCAGUUUUUCCAGGCAUUUACGGUUCUGUAAACGCACGUCAUCAUCAGAUGACAUAUGCAUGCGCAGCGAGGCUCAUCGUAGCCGUGGCGACGUGAUCAUGUGAGUAUUUUAUGAAUGUUACAACAAGCCUUACAUUUUCAUACAUUUAAUGUAGCACGGUUCUUUGUUUAUUUGGUGAUAAACUUAGAAGCUAAAGGAAAGCCCUUGAAAAAGUUCAGCUUUUUAGGUUGUUUUUUUUUUUAUUUAUGCAAAGCUGAAUGCAUAUUCACAUGAAAGAAUCUAAAAGACCAUAUUUUGUAAAUUUAGACCCAUGAUACCCAGGCUUGGCACACAG